GUACGGUCAGUUCCAGCUCUGGGAGCGUUGGAAUGUGGAUCAAGUGCCUUUGCCAUUCGUGAACGGGCUGAUCAGCACGUGGGAAAAGACAGGCGCGUUGCGUGUAGCCAUCUCGCAGCCCUUUGGUGGCCUAGAGAAAAGGCAGUGCACCAUGCAAGUCAUCUUUGGUCCGGGUGAGAAGACUAUGCGGAUUUCGGUGAUUUUCCGAGGCCAGGGGAAGCGGAUUUCGCCGGUGGAGAAAGCCGCGUACCACAAGGACGUGGACGUGUUUUUCCAGGAGAAUGCGUGGGCGGACCAAAAGUUCUGCAUGGAGUGGGCCAAGAGGUCGUACCGCGAAGGCCUGAUCCGCGGGCGGGGUGAGCUCCCCAAGGCGAGGUCCAUUCUGAUAAUGGACAACUUGCACGCGCAGACCACGGACGAGUUCAAGGGGUAUCUUGCGAAGCAGUGCAACACUAUCGCCUGGCUUGGCCCUGCGGAGUGCACGGACGAGGUGCAGCCAGUUGAUGCAGGAGCCGGACGAUUUCUCAAGAUGGAAGUUGGUAACGAGAUGGACAGGUGGCUCGAUCAGGCGGAUAACAUCGAGAGGUGGGAAACCGCGUCGCUGACAGCAUCUGACCGGCGCGUACUGAUCACUCAAUGGACGGGAGCGGCCAUGGCAAAACUCAACAGCAAUCAGGGGUACCGACACCGCCUUUUCGAAAAGUGCGGGAUGGCGAUGACCGUGGACGGCUCAGGCGAUGAUCGAAUCACCUUGGAGGGUUUGGACCAGCCGUACACCUUCGCAAACGAUGAAGACUCCAGCGAGAACGAAGGAGGUUCGGAGGACGGCAGCGAUGGGCCCGAGGGGCGGGAGGAGGAGGGCGCCGGAAGGCGCGAGCCGGUCGUCGGGGAUGAGCGCAACGGUGCCAACAGCGGGGAGGGCAUGGAGGGCGCUGGAUACAGCGAUGAAGACGACGACAACAUGUCUCAAUCCCAGACCGACGAGCUAGCUCUUUUGGACGAGGACGACAGCAUGGACCCAGACGACCCGGAGGACGAGACGCAGGGAAUGGAGAUCCCGGCGGGCUUUCGCCUUCAAGAAUCUACCCCCGCUGCUCUUGACAGAUUGCUUUUGCAACGUGGAGUGUUUGUUCGGCUGGGCAUGGGGUGGUUCAGUGGGUUGAUCAUUCAGCAAUCUCCGCAGCGCCACCUGUACGACUACUGUGUGCAGCUGGAAGUAGACCACAGUACGCGCAAUGUGAAGCUGCCCUUAGACAAGUACAGCGGAGAUCCGGACGCGGCGGUAGGCUCAUGGGUUUUGCUUGAGAGCGUCAGUAGGGCGGGAAGGGUACGCACCCCCAACGUCACUCUUGUGGACCAAGACGGUUGACAGUUGCCCCAUGGGGGGGUGUUUGCGGGUAUGAAACUCUGCGUCGAGUGCAGUUGAGUAGUGCACCAAUUGAGCAAUCGAUGAUGAAAUAAGAACAAGAACACCGUUUCUGGAGACAACUGGACAACGAAAUAAGAACCUGGCAAAUAAGAGCUUGUGCUCGGCUUGGGGCAGCCAACAAGAAGCGAGCCUCGCUCCAAAUAAGAGGUUCUUAAGUGCGGGCCGGUUCUGUACUACACCUUUUCAGCGUAUGUAGAGCACUACACUUGUCAGUGUAUUUUUUGUACAACUACAACAAUCCAGGGUCACAUAGGAUGGAGGUUUUUUUUUCUUCGUUUUAUUUGUAGCCCCAACUUCCUCCUGCGGUGCGUGCUGAAUUUUAAUUUUAUCGCGAGAAGGGUCCAGCCAUCCCUUUCCCUCGCCAACGGUGCUAACGUCAGAGUUUGGUACUCACAAGAGCUUUUCAGCUAUGUUUCGCUUUCACCCGCAAAUUUAGCAGUUUUUCACCCCAUGGGGAUUCGAAAUCAUCACGACCUCUGCGAUUAGCGGUUUACGAGGAUACCACUAAACCACCGAGGCGACGGUUGUUGUUGUUGUUGUUGUUGUUGUUGCUGUUGUUGUUGUUGUUGUUGUUGUUGUUGUUGUUGUUGUUGUUGUUGUUGUUGUUGUUGUUGUUGUUGUUGUUGUCUUCACAUUAAAAACCGUUCCGAUCUCUCUCUACCCAGUACCUUCCCAUGCCCGUAAUGAAACAACACUCGACGUGGUCGAUUCCCGUGGUCGCAGGCUAACUUACCCUAAAUAGGUACACUCAAGUAAAAUGGCCCCGAGGAGUCCGCAAGUCAAUAGAAAUCAAAGGCAUAUAUUCUGGAGCCCUUCACUCCCUCUGCGCGCUAUGCGAGGUAACAAGUGAGAGUAGGGGUCACCAUUGCGGGCCGGAGAGAAUGAGGCACAGAAAAAUAGAGAAAAAGAGAAAAAACACAGUUUCGGACUGUGACUACAAAUGUUUCGGUUCAACGAAGCAGAUUUUGAGAUAGGACAGUUUCCUGGAAACUUCGUGCGGGUGAAAUUUUCAGAUUUAAGCGGCUUCAUGUGAUUGGCUGUGGGUCAACAGUCCUCCGACGAACUUCCUCCGUCCGCAAGUAGGUCCUGUUGUUUUUUCGCGGUGCGCUACGUGACACCUAGCUGUGCACCUUGCUUGAUGACAAGGGGCUCUCAGUGCUGCUGCUGUUGAGUGUGCGUGCGUGCGUGCGUGCGCAUGUCCGCGUCUGCGUCGCUCCCUCAACCCCAGCAUACGAAAUCGCAUCACACCGGUACGGAGACAGAGAGUGAUUACUGUACACUGGCCGACGACAGCCUCGGAACGAAGUGCUAUGUCGCGUUUCAAGCGUUCGGGAGAGA